AUGAGCGUGGGCACCUUUGGAACAAAUUUUCCCCGGCUCAUUGUCAAUCAGUUUAAAUGGCUUGACAGGCUUCUUGACAGCCAGGAUCUCGUCAAGAAAUUAAUGCAGAUGGUUAGUGUGUCUCCUGUACCAAUCCAGCAUGAUAUUAUCACCAGUUUACCCGAGAUCCUGGAGGAUUCCCAGCAAAGUGAGGUUGCCAGAGAACUCAGCUGCUUACUAAAACAGGGCAGGCGGCUGACAGUUCCAAUCCUGGAUGCCCUUUCUCGUCUGGAUCUCGACGCAGGCCUUCUGGCUGAGGUGCGGCAGUCGGCCAUGGCCGUUGUGCCUUCUGUGAAACUGGAAGAUUUGCCUGUAGUAGUAAAGUUCAUCCUCCAUAAUGUCAAGGCAGCAGACAUAGUAGAGGUGAUUUCUGAUCUUCGUAAGAGCUUGGAUCUGUCAUCGUGUGUUCUGCCCCUGCAGAUCCUAGGUUCCCAGAAGAAACUUAAAAGCCAAGUCCAGGCCAGUUCUUCCAUGAGCCAAGUAACCACCAGCCAAAAUUGUGUGAAGCUACUUUUUGAUGUGAUCAAGUUAGCUGUGAGAUUUCAGAAAGAUGUCUCUGAAGCUUGGAUUAAGGCUAUUGAGAACAGCACAUCUGUAUCUGACCAUAAGGUUCUGGAUCUGAUAGUGUUGCUACUAAUCCAUUCUACAAACACCAAGAACAGGAAGCAAACUGAGAAAGUAUUGAGGAGCAAAAUUCGACUGGACUGCAUGCCUGAAGAGCUGAUGCAGAAUGCCUUCCAAAACCAUUCAGUGGUCAUCAAGGACUUCUUCCCUUCAAUCCUAGCACUUGCUCAGACGUUUCUGCACUCUGCACACCCAGCCAUAGUCUCCUUUGGCAGCUGCAUGUACAAACAAGCUUUUGCAGCCUUUGACUCUUACUGCCAGCAGGAGGUUGUGACUGCUUUGGUGACUCAUGUGUGUAGUGGAAACGAGGCAGAAUUGGACGUUUCUCUGAAUGUGCUCACUGAUUUGGUGAUGCAGCACACGUCUCUGCUAAUGCGCUAUGCCACCUUUGUGAAGACCAUUUUAGACUCUACACAGAAACUGAAUCCAUGCCAGAUCCGGAAGCUUUUCUACAUCCUCAGCACACUGGCAUUCAGCCAGAGGCAAGAAGGAAGCUAUAUUCAGGAUGAUAUGCACAUGGUGAUCAGGAAAUGGCUCUCCAGCACAGUUCCCAACCACAAACAAAUGGGGAUUAUUGGUGCUGUUACUAUGAUAGGCAGCGUGGCAUCAAAAAGAAAUGAAGGAGAUGGCAGCUCAUUGGAGAGACCGGAGCUGAACAGCGAGCGUGAUGGGCAGCUUUCUACCUUGCUGGACCUUGUGGGCUUCUGCUGUGAGCAAACACCAGAGGUCUUGGCUCUGUACUAUGAUGAACUCGCCAGUCUGAUUGAAAAGCAGAAGGGGAAUUUGGACUUGCAGCUCCUGGAUGAGUUUGGGAAGAGUUUGGUGGAGGACUUUCCCAAUGCCUUUGUGGUGGAUCUCAACCCCACAGUGGAUAGUUCAUUCUUGUUCCCAGUGAAGUCCUUGUAUAAUUUGGAUGAAGAUGAAAGUCAAGGAGCAAUUGCCAUUAACCUCUUGCCAUUGGUGUCACAGAGUGAGCUUGGCAGGGUCACUGAUGGAAUGAGUAACCAAAGUAAAAGGGUAGUGUCACCGAUGUGUCUGUCACCCUGUUUCCGAUUGCUGAGGCUCUACACAGGAGUGCAAAACAAUGGAAGCCUGGAGGAGAUUGAUGCCUUAUUAGGUUGCCCCCUGUACCUGACUGACCUGGAGGUUGAAGGGAAGCUGGACUCUCUGUCCAUGCAGGAACGGGAAUUUCUGUGCUCACUCCUGUUCUAUGCUCUCAACUGGUUUCGUGAG